AUGACGCAGACUCACUCCGUCAUCUCCCCCGCCAUCCUCUACUGGGGCACCCCCGUCGUGCUCGUCUCGUCGGAAAACGAAGACGGCACGCACAACCUCUGCGCCAUCUCGUCCGCCUUUUGGCUCGGCCACCGCUGCGUGCUCGGCUUCGGCGCCGGCAGCAAGACGCCGCAGAACAUCCUCCGCACGGGUCAGUGCGUCGUCUGCCUGCCCGACGACGCCAUGGUCGGGCCCGUCAACGCCCUCGCGUCCACCACCGGCUCCGAGACGCCCUCGCCCUCCAAGCUCGCACGCGGGUACCGCUUCGUCAGGGACAAGUGGUCCUGUGCGGGCGUCACGCCGCAGCCCGCGGACCUCGUGCGCCCCGCGCGCGUGCGCGAGUGCCCCGUCCAGAUGGAGUGCGCCCUCGCGAGCAGCCACCCCCUCAUGGAGGACGUGCCGGAUCGCAGAGGCGUGCUGGUGGCCGUGGAGCUGCAGGUGCUUCGCGUGCACGUCCGUGACGAGCUGCGCAUGGAGGGCCAUGCCAAUCGCAUCGACCCGGACAGGUGGCGGCCGAUGAUCAUGUCGUUCCAGGAACUGUAUGGCUUGUCUAAAGGCAAGGCAGGGACGAGCGACUUGGCACGCAUAGAUGAGGAGAUGUACAGGAUCCCGAUGCGCAGCAGUUUGGUCAAGAUGCCGGUAAAUUCCGAAGAAGAGAUGGCCGACGCAAGGCACAAGGCAGCUCGACCGAACGGGAAUGUGUGA